UAAUAUUAUUUAAUAAUAUAAUUUUUUUCCGGUAUUUUGAACAUCGAGCCCACUUCGUGAUUUGUCUAGGAUGAAAUAGAGUGGUUGAAUCAAGCAUCGUAGCGAAAUACAGUUUCUAUCGUGUUUUAUUGUACAUUUAGCGCAUUUUGUAAAUCCCAUUGAUUUCUGUUGGAAGACUCAUUGCUCGUUGGCCGGAAGCGGAAAGGGAACUAGUUUGGUUGUAGUUCAAAUUUGGUUGUAGUCUUUUCCCUCGGUUCUAGCCCUACUGUUGAGUGGGAGAACCGAGCGAAAAGACUACAACCAAACGUAAACAGCCCCCAUUUCCGUUUCCGGCCAACAAGCAAUGAUUCUAGGAGGUAUUGUAGUCCGCUGAGCUAUGAGCCAGAGAGCUAACGUUAUGGAUUGUACAUAUUUAUAAUUCGAAAUUCGUCUCAGCCUUUAUACCACAGAUACUCUAGGGUCUAUAGCAUAUAACCGUGUUGUCUGAUUACAGUUUGAUUCAUUUUUCACGAUUUAACAGAUCUCGUUGUGAAGAAUAAUCACCGUGCCAUUCGUUUCAAUGGGAAUCGGGACGGUCUAUACUUUCAACAUAAAGUGUAUUUAUAUUUUUUAAUUCGUCCCAGCCUUUACACCACAGACACUAUAGGGUCUAUAUCAUAUAACCGCAUUUUCUGAUUGCAGUUUAAUGUAACAGUAAGCUGACAACACCGCAACUGCAAAUUAACCACACGGAGGUAGCCGGCAACCGGUCAAACAAAUGUUCUCAUUCUGCGCGCGCAUCCGCCGUAUUGAUAAACAAAUAACCCCCCAAUUGAACGAAGUUAAACCGAGUUCGCGUGCCGUUCACAGACACCAGAAUGAACGAGUUCACAGUAACGUUCAUCAGGCAGUAAUACAGUACGUUCGCGUUCGCCGAAAAUAUGAACGAGUUCAUGAACUAUCGUUCAAUGAACGCGUUCAGGCACAACACUGCCUACAGCUCAGAUUUAUAUGGAGAUAAGCUUCUUAAACAACUUGCAUACAGCAUAAGCAAGUAACAGAAACAGUCUGGGAAGAUUAUUUUCAUUAUUUAAAUCUACAUCCUGGUUACACGUCGCGCAAUAGCGCAUAUCAUUUCAUGCAAGCGAGUGUUUACUUCCUGGUUACAGGUCGCGCGAUAGCACAUAUCAUCUCAUGCGAUCUUAAAGAGAACUUGACGUGAACAGUUUAGGAAUGCAUAUUCCGGGAAAACAUUAGAACUCCGAAAUGCUGACUAAAUAUAAAGCAUGUUUUUACCUGUAACAUUAAACCUACACUGACAAUAAGUAAUAACUUAAAAAUGAAACAUAAAAGCAGACCACUACUUACUUGCCGUUGCCUGGCUGGGGGACAAAGGUCCGUCGGAGCAGCGAUGGCUUCUUGACAUCGGGACUUACGGGUGCGCUUUGGCAUCUAUCUGGCUUGCCUUAAGGCUGCGCCAAGCCCGGGAAUUUUGAAGAUUCAUGCCCAGAGAAGAGCCCUCUAACAUCAGUUUGCCGGCGUGAUACCUUAAGAAGACCAGCUAUGUUUUCCGUUGUCUGUUUUGACAAUUCCGAGGAGGUGGAGGUUGUGCCAACGCAAUGGUUCAAUAAUGGGGCGUGCAGGUGGCCCCCCCACAAGGCUGAGGGAGUCAAUCGGGCCAUAAGGCAGCUGGAAGAGCCCCAGGAUAACUGGCCUCUAUUUGACAAUGCCAGGGUUUUUUUUUCUUCAGAUAACUAUCUGGAGUGUCGCCAGAAGCUGCCACUGGCUCAAAACCAGACGGAUUUGGCAUCAGAGGUCGAAGACCCAACAACCGACCGGAGACCCAAAAGAAAAAUCAAGCCAAGUAGACACGUCCGAUCGGACUUUGAAAGUCAAGACCCCUGCAGUCCUCCAAAGAAAAAGGACUUCCCAAUCCUCCCUAAGGCCCCUGCUAUCGCUGGACCGUCCAACUUCAGGCGCUUCAUACUAGCGCAGCCCACACAAACUCUUCUGCGUGACCUGUUGGUUAACCAACAAAUACUGAUGGACCAGCAAAAGACCAUGAUUCGGAUGAUCCAAGACCUCCACAGAAACACCCAGGGAGGUCAGAGGAUGUCCACCACCUCCAGGCAUACUGCCUAUUUUCCACUAGUGGAUAAACAGGCUCUGGAGGCCCUGGAGAGCGACCUGGCAAGCCAGCGGGACCUUCGUCAGGAAUUGGUUAUCACUCUUGGAUUGGCAGGGGGAGCUGAUGCCAAAGAUACUGUGUGGCGCAUUUUGAAACAGGCCAUCAAAAAUGACCUCGCCAAGAACAUCUCAUGGCGGGGGAUGAAUGGAAAGAUUUCAUUUGAAAAUCUACACCUGAAGGCAGUAGUGAUGGAUGCAGUGAGGCGCAAUCCAUCCUGCUCAACCGCAACAGAUGUGCAGAUUGGGGAUGCCAUUAAGAGAUGGUUUUACUGGGCUGGGGAUCGGGAGGGAGGGAGGAAAAAACGCCAGCCGGCUCCAAACCACGAGCAAACUGUUUUGGAUUAAAACUAAUAAAAAUGUACUACUUUAAAAUAUUUUGUUUCAUUAUUUGUGCAUUAUACACAUAGAACAUAAAUUAACAAUGUAACUUAUGAGUUUUGGGUCAGUUAUGGGAUCACUUUGGGUCAGUUAUGGGAUCACUUUGGGUCAG